CAAAGCCAUGAAACUCACCGAGUGGUCAGUGGUGUUCGUUGAUGUUCAGACAUAAAAAUUGUAGCAAACUGUGGUUUCCAUCCGUGUUUUUGCUAUUCGUCUCAAUUGUGGAACUAUUUUUUCAGCUGCCUCACACCCGUUUGACCCUGAAGCGUUAUACACUCCAGCCCACUUGAUGGUGAUAAUGCUCCUUUACGUGGGUGUCACCAACCGGCAGGAAACCAUUGCAAUGUAAUGGGACACAGAGAAGAAGCAGAAGAAGAAGGUUGGCGUUGUGUUCAAAGGCAUUGUACUGCGAAGGUUGUUUACAAGCGAGUAGUCCAUUGUGCCGUUACUUAUUACAAAACUUUUUCGUUCUUCCUCCAGGAGCACGCACAACACUGUCGAGCCGGCACUUUCACUGAGCUAAAAGACUACAAUGACUACAACCUUGUCAUAAACAACCCCCUUUCCGUUUCCGGUGGCAGAUUACUACCAACGGACAAUGAGGCUUUUAUAGAAAACCAAUGGAUUAGACAAAAUGUCAAAUAAAUCAUCACGGAAACCACAGUUUGCUACGAUUUUUAUGUCAGAACAUCAACGAACACCACUGAACACUUGGUGAGUUUCAUGGCUUUGAAAACGAACGUUUAGGGUGGUUUUAGGACAGGUUCACACAUGGCCAUAGGCAGCACUGUGAAGCCAGGCAGGGGAAAGCCAAAUUCUCCAAAAAUGAGCAAUCGUCACUAUUUUGGUCUUAGCCACUCUAUUUCAUCAUAAACAAUCCAGAAAUGGGGCUCAAAAUGCAAAAUAUCAGACUUCUCCUUUAAGGUAUCAUGUCAACACUAUGAUGGCCGGCUUUUCAAAAGUAGCCUUUUAGAACAAUUAUAAACACUUUUGACUUUGAGUGAACAAGUGUUGAGGUCAAUGCAAUUUAACAUGGUAAAUAAGUCCAAUACCACUGAUGAAAUCAAGAAUAUGUAUGUUAAACUGCUGCUUUAAUUUCAGGUUUCAUACUGAUUUGUAGAGCACAAUGUUAUACAAAAGCAAAUCAGGAAGGCUUGUGUCCCAGCAAUGGACAGAGCAAAAGCUUUGAAAAAGCUAUUUUGUUACUUGUAGUGCAGACUGCUGAUGUAAUAUUUUGUAUUGUUUGAAUAAUCCUCAAUAUCUACACAGUAAACAUCCACAAUAAAGUUUAAAAUGUUGCACCGAUCCAUGUGUCAGACAGGAGCUCCAGCUGAACCUCACUUAUGAACAAGACCCUGAGAUAACUGAAGUCCAUUAUUUGGUGCAGAAAACUUCCUCUCAUCCUGACCCAUCAUACUAUAGCCACAGACUUUGAUGUGUCCAACUAUUUCACACUCGACUGCUAACUGACUGGACUGUGUGCUGAAGGUCACAGUUUGAUGAAACCAACAGAAACACCUGACAAAAAGCACAGACGCAACACUAAAUGUAGGGAUUCUUUCCUUGAAAUUAAACUUCCGUGGUUUCCUCUGCCGCUGCAAGUGAUGAUGCUCAACACUGAGUAUGUUUACAUGAACACUAAUAUUCCACUAAUAUUCCAAAUAUGACAUUAUUUGCAUGGAUAUUCCAUGCACCCAGAGUUAUUUUGUGAGAUGUGUUUUAAGAUCAACUCAGUUAUAAGAGUCAAACCUACAAUUUCUUGGAUAAAACAAAAUCAGAGACAAUAACCAACCAAACUCACCAACAAUGUGCUCACAUUUGAGAAGCUUUGUUGUGAAUAAUUAAGAUUCAAAAUCUAACAGUUACUGACGUUUUAGUAUUGAUCUGGUCAGAUUUCACCAAAUUUACAGCUAUAGUUUGGUUCAAUAUCUGAUGUUUUUUCAGCUCUGGUUUGGAUCUAAAUUUUCUGAUAUUAAAACCCCAAUUUGGUUUGAAGUUUGGUGUUUUAGCCCUGCGUGAAAGGUGACUGCUGGAGGCUGGUGAAGAAGAUGAAGAGCUCACUAACUGACAGGACAAGCAAUGAGUAACCUUUCCUUGACAAACUUUUCAAGUGUGUGUAAAAAUGUCUUUAGUGAAGUAGAUGGAGACAGUUUUAAUUUCAGAAUACAUACAACUUAUUUACUCUUAUUACAGAGAUAAUGCUGGAUGAAAGGUGACAGAACAAAGCUUCAGCCCUCUAUAAAACCUAUGAUGACCUUUGCCCUUAAUGUAUUUGAAUCACUGGGGUAAGUUAUACAUUUUAUUCAGUAAAGUUUAUUAUGUACAAGGGUUUACAAUAAAAAAAAAUACACAAAUAAUGGUGACUUUAUGUAAAUACAUGCAGUUUUGUUGUUUGUACACAGGGCGGCGCACUAGUGCAGGAAAAUGCAGGUAAUAUAGGCAAGGCGCAGGUGAUGAGCAGCAGGUGUGUGACAGGGUAAGCAAACCGGUUUUUGACCGUGUUAACAGCAUGAAGAGUUUGUUGCGUGGAAACUGGAACUGAUGGAUGGAAACUUGGACACAGAACUAUUGAAUGGACACUAACCUGUGGUUGACUCAGAAACUGUGGAGAUUAACAUAUGUUAUACUUGUGUAGUUGAGCACGAUUGAAAAUAAAUGGGUCAUUGCACUCAAAGAAACCAGAUGAAUUGGUGAACAUGCACCCGAAAAGUUCUCCCUUUUCACCCCUCAGAGACAUUAAAUGUAACGUUUAUUAUUGAAAGACUCUACAGCUCCAUUUAGCAGAGGGCAAACUAUUAGCAACAUUUUCUCCAACUCUGAAAUGCUUUGCUGAUAUUGGUGCGUGUUUUACAUUGUUUAUUGUCAGACUCUCUUUUAGACUCCCUUUUUGAUAAGUCCAUCUGGUCUCUAGUUAUGUAUCCACGCUCAGCGACAGCCCCGGUCAGAGGCAUCAUAUUCUUGGGUUGUCCAUCCUUCUAUCCAUCCAUCUGUCCAUCAGUCUCAAUCUUGUCAAGAUGAUAUCUCAAAAGCACCUUGAAGGCAUUUCUUCAAAUUUGGCACAAACGUCCACUUGGAUUCAAGGAUGAAACGGAUUCUGGUGGUCAAAGUCAAAGGUCACUGUGACCUCACAAAAACAUGUAUUAGUCCAUAACUGAGGAAUUCAUACGCUAAUUAUCACAAAAUGUCACACAAAUGUCCAAUAGAAUGAAAUGAUGAAGCAAUGACAUUUUAUAUCAGAAAGGUCAAAGGUCAGAUCAUUGUGACAUGAUAAUGUCCUGCAAAAACACUUUUCUGCCAUUACUCAAUGUCAUAGCUCAGGAACAGAAGGGGUGACAUUUGAUUGGAUACUGAAUUUGUGACACUAAUCCUGGGUGUUGCCGGGUUAAAGAUGUGUGUGAAGGGGCGUCGGUGGCUUAGUGGAUAGAGCAGGCGCCCCAUGUACAAGGCUGUUGCCGCAGCGGCCUGGGUUUGACUCCAGCCUGUGGCCCUUUGCUGCAUGUCACUCCCUCUUUCUCUCCCCCUUUCACACUUCACUAUCCUAUCAAUUAAAGGCAAAAAUGCCCUAAAAAAAAAUCUUAAAAAAAAAAAAAGAUGUGUGUGAAGCAGCCAUGUUUUUAAAUAUGGUGCUCCUUUGCAAAUGCAUCCAUUUUUAAAGUAUUGUCAAUUAUCAUGGCUACAUAUGAGUCUGAACAGAAAGGGGUGUACACUGUAACAGCAACGUGACCGGUUUGUUUGUGGAGCCAUGCGACUGUGAGGUGCCUGAGUAUUGGAACACAAGCACAGAGAGAACAUACAAACUCAAAAUAGAAAAUCCUAGCGUCAAUAAUCAAACUGAAACACUUUAAGGGUGAACAGAUUAUACAUGAACCAUGACUCUAAAUCAAUCAUUUGUCCAUUUUUUAAGCCAAACCUAUGUCUGUGCCUCCAUUUAAUGAUUCCCUUUCAUAACACACACAGACUUCUUUUUUGGAUGACCCCCUCUCCAUCAAUAGUUAGCCUCCUUAAACUGUUGUUAGAUUCCUUAGCUCCAGGAUUUGCCAUGAAAAACAAGUAACAGAGACUAACCUAACGGUUAAACAUUAGAACCACACACACGUAUGAUAAAUAGAUGCUUUGCAAAACACGAUAUAAAACUACUGUAAAUCUGUAACUGCUGUAUAAUAAAUAACACUGACCUGUAAAUACCAAACAGUAAUUUGUGGGAGGUUUUGAGGGUGUCCCCUCCCCUUGGGCUGUGCCUAUUCUCCACUUGGAGCCACAAAAGGCUUCGUACCCAAACAUUCACAUAGCUAAAGACUCUGGAUGGAAACUGAUGCUGACAGUGCAGUAGGCCUAUAGCAACUGAAGGAUACAUUUUUUAAGUCAUGGAGAUAUUCGAUGUAUUUCUCCAGUCUUCCAGUUCUGUCUCCUUGUUCGGGGCUCUGGUGGUCCUGCUCCUUGUCUAUUUCUUUUCCUCCUCUAGCUUCAGCUCCGAAGAGGACAGGAAGGAACCUCCAGGACCAAAACCUCUUCCGCUGCUUGGUAAUCUGUUGCAACUGGACCUCAAGAGACUCCACAAUGCACUUCUGAAGCUUUCCAAGAACUAUGGAUCAGUGUUCACCAUCUAUCUGGGACCAAAGAAAGUGAUGGUCCUAGCAGGAUACAAGACAGUGAAGGAGGCACUUGUGGACUACGCUGAUGAGUUUGGUGAAAGAGAUCCAUCGUUAAUACAGCUUGAAAUUUACCGUGACCACGGGGUCAUACAGUCAAACGGUGAAUUGUGGAAAGAGAUGAGGCGCUUUGCCUUAACUAACCUCAGAGACUUUGGGAUGGGCAAGAGUGCAUGUGAGGACAAAAUCAUCGAGGAAACUGGCUACCUCAUUGAAGUGUUUAAGAAAUUUAAAGGAGAAGCUUUCGAUACGACCUCAUCGAUAAACUGUGCAGUCUCUAAUAUCAUCUGCUCCAUUGUUUAUGGCAGCAGAUUUGAAUACGAUGACCCAAAGUUUACAUCCAUGGUAGCUCGAACAAACAAAAGAAUUCAACUUUUGGGCUCCCCAUCGAUACAGAUGUACAACCUGUUCCCGUGGAUCUUCAAAUGGGCCGGUAACAGAAGGGAAAUCCAACAGAUCAUCGCCUUCACUAAAAAAAUUAACUUAGAGCUAUUUAGUCGUUUGAAAGAGACCCUCAAUCCACAGAUGUGCAGAGGCUUUGUGGACGCCUUUCUGGCCCGAAUGCAAAUUCUGGAGGGAGGGAAAUGCGAAUCUGGGAUUAUGAACAGCCGCUUCAACAAUCAAAAUCUUAUGGUCACAGUAAUACAGCUGUUUGCUGCUGGCACCGAAACGACAGCGACUACUCUCAGAUGGGCACUUCUGCUUAUGGCCAAGUAUCCACAAAUACAGGACCAGGUCCAGGAGGAGCUGAGCAGGGUGAUAGGAAGUCGUCAGGUGCGGGUCAAAGACAGGAGGAACCUGCCCUUCACCAAUGCUGUCAUCCAUGAGACACAGAGACUGGCCAACAUUGUCCCCACAGUGGCUCGCAGAACCAGCCAAGAUGUCACCUUCCAGGGUCACUUCAUUAAAAAGGGGACCACGGUGUGUCCUCUCUUGGCAUCUGUCCUGUAUGAUGAGAGUGAGUGGGAGAACCCACACAGCUUUUAUCCCCCGCACUUCCUGGACAAGGAUGGGAAGUUUGUCAAGCGAGAAGCCUUCUUGCCUUUUUCUGCAGGUUGCAGGGUUUGUCUCGGCGAGAGUCUGGCCAGGAUGGAGCUCUUCAUCUUCUUCACCACCCUCUUGCAGCAAUUUCGUUUCACCCCUUCUCCUGGAGUUUCAGAGGAUGAACUGGAUCUGACUCCACGUGUGGGUUUCUCUCUCAACCCUAAACCCCAUAAACUGUGUGCUUCUUCCUGUAUGUGAGCAGCAGGGCUUGGAAAUACUGCUUGGCCUGUCAUGACUGCAAUUCAGUUAUUUUCAAGAGAGUAGAGUCUAAUAUGUACGCUGCUAUAUUCCAUGUGGUGCAACAGCACUGAAUAUGUUUGAUAUCAAUGAUGUAAUUAACAAAAAAUGAACAAAUAAUGCACACCAAAACCUGUCUUUGUAAAAAUCUGUUAAAAUAUUGUUCACUCAGUUUUUAUGUCUGCGCUUGAUUACAAAGGCAUUCUGUAGUAUCCGAUCAUUGCGUCAGCAGCUACACCCUGUUUAUAAAGUUUGUCAUUAGUGAUAAAGCACGCUGAAGCUACAAUCCAAUUCCAAAAAAGCUGGGAUGCUGUAUA